CUGCAGAUCCGGGCCAGGGACGGCAGUCAGGGUCCGGGAUUAGGAGUCUGGGCGAGGGGAGAGGCUACACGGGCUCGUCACGAUGCCUCUGCACAAGUUCCCCGUCGGCCUGUGGAAGCAGCUCCGGCUGCGGGAAGGUAUCUGCUCCCGCUUGCCCCGGCACUACCUGCGCUCCCUGGAGGAGGUGCGGACGCCCACUCCCGUGCACUACAGGCCUCACGGGGUUAAGUUCAAGAUCAACCCGAAGAAUGGGCAGCGGGAGCGUGUGGAGGAUGUACCUAUUCCCAUUUACUAUCCCCCAGAAUCCCAGCUGGGGCUCUGGGGUGGGGAGGGCUGGAUCCUGGGCCAUAGAUACAUCAACAACGACAAGCUCUCAAAGAGGGUGAAGAAGGUGUGGAAGCCACAGCUGUUUGAGCGUGAGCUCUACAGUGAGAUCCUGGACACGAAAUUCACCAUCACAGUGACCCAGCGGACCCUGGACCUCAUUGAUGAGGCCUACGGGUUUGACUUCUACAUUCUCAAGACCUUCCUUUGUCCUGUGAUGGCCUGGGGCCCUCCUGCUGCUAAGGAAGUGGUGGGGUUUGCUGGCGGGUGGGCAGGGCCCCACCAGCAACACCUGGCCCCAUGCAUAGCCUCCUGCCAGACUCCAAAGGAGGACCUGUGCUCCAAGUUCGGGAUGGACCUGAAGCGAGGGAUGCUGUUGCGGCUCGCCCGACAGGACCCCCGGUUGCACCCAGACAACCCCCAGAAGAGGGCAGCCAUCUACGAGAAGUACAAGGAGUUUGUCAUCCCGGAGGCAGAAGCCGAGUGGGUCGGCCUGACACUAGAUGAGGCUGUGGAGAAGCAGAGGCUCCUGGAGGAGAAGGACCCGACUCCUCUGUUCAAGGUCUACGUGGAGGAGCUGAUUGGGCGGCUGCAGCAGCAGACACUGUCGGAGCCCAUGGUGGUGCACAAGAGAGCCAGCAAGAAAUGACUGCACGGUGACCCAGGCCUGACAGCCAUGCUCAGCCAUGCCCCCCCCCCCCCCGCCCUGGCACUGUGGACACGAGAGCCUGGAGUGGUGGUGAGGGCCACGUGUGGGUAGCGGAUGAACCCAUUCUUCUGUACUGACUCAGCAGCUCCCAGGGUUGGGUGGGCUUUGUGGAGGCCCCAAGGGGUCUCGUCCCAGGGUCCCCAGAGGUCUGGGGCCAUCUUGCUGCCUCUGUGGCCCCCCCUUCCCCCUGAAGUGGAGGCCCAGCUUAAGUGGGGUCACCACACUUCGGGGGCAGCACAAGUAAAGUCUGAACUGGGCCGUGUGUGUGCUGCUUUGCUUGGAA